AUGGCGGCGGCGGCGUCGGCGGCCCUGUCUGCGGCGGCGGCGGCGGCGGCGGUGUCGGGCCUGGCGGUGCGCCUGUCGCGCUCGGCCGCGCUCCGCGCCUCCUACGGCGCCUUCUGCAAGGGGCUCACGCGCACGCUGCUCACCUUCUUCGACCUGGCCUGGCGGCUGCGCGUGAACUUCCCCUACUUCUACAUGGUGGCCUCGGUGAUGCUCAACGUCCGCCUGCAGGUGCGCAUCGAGUGAGAGCCGCGCCCGCCGGCCUCCCCGCCACCGUCGCCGCGCCCGCCACCGCCACCACCAUCACCACCGCCACCGCCACCAUCACCAUCACCACCACCACCAUCACCAUCACCACCACCGCCACCGCCACCGCCACCACCACCAUCACCAUCACCACCACCACCGCCACCGCCACCACCACCACCACCAUCACCAGGGCCGCCCGGGCCCCUCCACGACACACCUCCUUGGCCCCCGAGACCCCCGGCACUGCACACCGCUGGAACCCUCGCGCGCCGACUCCUUCCCAAGCGGAUCCCGAAAAGCGCUUCAGUCUGCCCGCCGACCUGUUGCCUCCCUUUGGCCCAAAGGCCAGAACCCACAGAAGGCUUCUACUGCACACUGGAUUUGCCACGGCCUCCACGGAAAGAGGGCCCGCACUGUCAUCUGAACCCCGGAGGGGAGCGAGACCCAGGAGGCCCCAACAGGAAGAGAAAAAAACAGGUGCGUCCACCGGCAUCAGGUGCGCAGAGAGGACGGACAUUUCUCUUCGGAACCAGACAGCAGGCUCCCUGAAGCUCCUGCUGUGACACUCCCAGGGCCACAGAAGCCCAUACACCAGCCAAGGGAAGCCCUGGCACCCUACCGUGUGCCCCUGCAUCUGGGGAAAUGGGAAGGUCUCCAUGAGCAGGCAGCUGCUCUCCGAACUGGGGGGAAGGGGAUUGCAGCAAACGCCUUAGGGGGAAACAAGGACCCCUUCCCCCCGUGGGCAGCCAGGCAACUCUGAAGUCUCCUGGUCGGUCAUUCUUUCUUUUUCAGGCCUUGGUCCUUGGACCCUACUCUGCCUUGUCAAGUCAGAGUCCAACCUGAGGGUGCCUCUGUUCCUGCAGCUUCCUUGCAGCAGCUGGGUGAAGCUUCUGCCCAAGAGAGGAAGGACUUUGUGGUAGAGGGCUGGAGUGGCCCGGGGAUGCAAGCUUUUGCAUGGAAAGGAUGUCCCUGCUCCCUGGACUCUGACAUCUCCUAGCAACACUGUGAGGGAGAUUUGUUCUCCCACCUCAUGAACUAAAUGGGCCUCUAGGGAAGGGGCUGGCAUUUGCCCAUGUCACACAGAGAGGAGGAGUGGAGUCUUGGCUGUACCCCUUACACAGAGGUCCACAGCGAGGGAAGCUGAGAAUCUGGCUACUUUUACAGUGGUGUGGAAGAUCAUGGGGAAGACAGGGGGCCAGUGAGCUGAGGUAGGGGACAGCGCACUGGGUACCAGAACCCUCUGGAGAGCCAGGGCCUCCACACAGAGCCACACCUGCCCACCCCACGUGAGCCUGACCAAGGGUUCCGUUUGUUGGAUGGACCACUCACUUUGAUGGUGGAUGGAGGGACACUGGUUCAUAAGGUGCUGAUGUCAACUAGGAAAGUAAAGAGAAAAUGUUGGGGUCAAAUGGGGCAGGAACCCCUGGAAAUGAACUCAUUUCUCUGUCUCCAGGCUUGGCAUGUGGCCCUGGGACCAUAUGUGAAAAUCUCACCCAGAGGUUGAUCAAGGAGGCCCUGGGUGGAAUAAUAACUGUGGUCCCCAAAUGGUCAGGAGUGGUUCGGGGAGGCACCCUUACCACCCAUCUCCCACCACCUUCCCCUGGCACUGAUAGAUUAAAGCUUGUGUACUCAGCCCAUGGGAUGAAAACCUUUAGCAGUCUGGGGCAGUGUAGCCUAGAUGUCCGCUUGGAACCAGCGAUCCAGAUGAAGAUCUUGUUCUGUCACACCCUGGGGACAAGGGCUGAAAGGUGGCUACCCUAUCUUCCCUGCUGUUCCCUUUGGCCCUGAACUGGUGGCCUCCUUUCUUGUGCCAAAUCUCCCAGGGCCACCGAUUCUGCUGGUCGGUCUUACCCACCCAGGACCAUACUUUAGUGGGGUUCAACCUAUGAUCCAUCCAUGGGUCUCUGGAGGACAAAAGCCACCAGAGCUAGAGAAGAAGAAAUCAGAAGCCAGGGGUCCCCUGGGUAUAUAAUAUUUACAUGUGGUCCUCUCAAACCUCAGAUGGUGCUGGGUGACAGGAUUCCCAGCUCCAGGCUAUUCCUAGGCCAGCCUGGAAGAAAGGCCCUUUUUGAACAUGAUGCCUGCAGGCUCUGCCCUCCCAGUUAGCGAAACCCCUAGCCCUGCCCAGAUCCCAGGCUGCUUUGUGGCUCUGGGUCCAGAGGCUUUAACUUCAGGCUCCACUCUGGGCCCAGAGGCGUCCCCCAAGAGAAAGGCUGGCUUCACCCUUCCCUGACCUGAGUAGCUGGUGAGCUUAUGCUCUCCUGCUCCCGCCUGGUUCAUUCGCGCCUUCGUGGGGCCCUUGCUGUGUGAAGGGUUGCCAUGCACUUUAUUUAUUUGCAGUCUGUGUUCCAGGUGGUGGAGCUUCAGCAAAUUCAGUUUCAACCUGAACGACCCUCUGCUUGUGUGACAAACUGUACUGCCAUGUCUGUGCAGGGACCCGUUCUUGUUUCUGGUGUUGUCAUGUCUUGUCUCCCCAAGUUUUAAGAAAAUCUUGAGUUCAGUAUACUGAA